GAGAGAGAGAGAGAGAGAGAGAGAGAGAGAGAGAGAGAGAGUACCGUGGAUCGGACUGAGGAGCACCGGCCCGCACGCGCGUGUCUAUUUCCUCUCUCACACGCGUUUCACUAGUUUUGACAAGGGGUUGCAUUCUUUUGGAGGCGACAUCUCUUGUUUUCCAUCAGCGCGCGCUUGAUGCGGAUUAAAUCACUCUAGAAACAUCAAUCUCGUCUCAGAGUGGAUCAGCACCUUGGACAGCGGAUGCCAGAGAUGCUUCAAGCCGGCAGAGCAGAAAGAGAGCUGUGACCUCCCCUUCCGUCUUCACGACUGACGAUACUCCUGUGCACGCUUGGCUCCGAUGCAGGAGUAAGUGACGACAACGACAAGAGAACGGCACAGUGUCCAGCAAUGCUGUUUAUAUGGGUCAGCUGACACAGACAAGCAGGCCCAUGUCGGUAGGAAAUCGACACAAUCUGCCUCAGCAGUGGAUACACAUACAGAUUUAUACAAUACGGUCACACUGAAUCAAAGAGAUAUUGACAUACUAAAUUAGUGUGGAGGCCAUGUAAGGCUCGAAAAUGCGGUAAAGAGUGGUCUUUGGACUGUGUGGAGCUUUGCAAAACGGGCUCCUCAGUCACCAGCAUCGAUGGACAACAGUUUGCACACCAUGAACUAACCUUGCUACUUUUUGAAGGAUACGAUUUGUUCGUUUUUUUACUUCGAUAAACAGAUAGCACCAUGGUUCUGCCGCCACCCGACAAGCGGCAUGUGUGUUUAACCACCAUUGUGAUCAUGACCAGCAUGGCCUUCAUGGAUGCCUACCUUGUGGAGCAGAACCAGGGCCCACGCAAAAUCGGCGUCUGCAUCAUCGUCCUGGUCGGAGAUAUUUGCUUUCUUAUAGUGCUGCGUUAUGUGGCGGUGUGGGUGGGUGCUGAGGUAAGGACUGCGAAGCGUGGCUACGCCAUGAUCCUCUGGUUCCUUUACAUCUUCGUUCUGGAAAUCAAGCUCUACUUCGUCUUCCAGAACUACAAGGCUGACCGUAAAAGUCUGGAGACGGUAGCUAGGAAAGCAUUGACUUUGUUGCUAUCGGUUUGCGUACCCGGACUGUACCUCGUCCUGGUCGCACUCGACAGCAUGGAGUACGUAAGAACCUUCCGGAAGAAGGAGGACAUGCGGGGUCGACUCUUCUGGGUGGCUCUUGACCUUCUGGAUGUCCUGGACAUCCAGGCUAACCUUUGGGAGCCACAGCGGACAGGUCUGCCAAUCUGGGCCGAGGGUUUGAUGUUCUUCUACUGCUACAUCUUGCUGCUCAUCCUGCCUUGUGUUUCUCUGAGCGAGAUCAGCGUGCAGGGCGAGCACGUGUCGCCUCAGAAGAUGAUGCUCUACCCGGUCCUCAGCUUGGUGACCAUCAACAUAGUCACCAUCCUCAUCCGAGGUGUCAACAUGGUUUUGUUCCAAGACAGCCGAGUCUCGACCAUCUUCAUCGGGAAGAAUGUCGUUGCCAUCGCCACUAAGGCCUGCACCUUCCUGGAGUACCGACGACAAGUUAAGGAGUUUCCCCCGCAAGAUCCUGCUGGGAUUGCAAUGGAGAUACAGCACAACUCUGUGCCACACAAUCAAACUUUACCAAACGCCACGACCACCCUUCCAGAGGAGCCCUCACCGGCCCGUGAGGUCAUUGACACGUGACCAGAGCUGACCAAAAUGUCUAGACUUUAGUGUUAGGGGAAAGAAGAAAAUCUUAGUUAGUUCAGACCAGGAAAAGAUUAAGUAUAUUUCUUCUGGUCCUUUUACAACUGAGCAAGGAGUUCAGCCCUAAGUUUACUAUUUUAAAGAAUAUUUUGUAAAGUGCUACUCAUCUAGGCUAAGUGUUCAAAUGCCAUUGAUGCUCAGAUGCACAAAUGGCAGCUCACAAGAUCUUGAUUUUAACCAGAUUUUGUAAUUUCAAGCAGCUGUUGUGAUGUUAGAUAUGGGAUGUUUUUAAAGAGAUUUGUGUGGUGGUGGCUCACCUUGCUCCACACAUGGAAUCUGCACUGAUUUCUGUAGAAUCUGAAUGCUUGUUAUUUUCAAAGUUCUUCAAAGUUGCCCUGCCCCUUGUGUGUUCAUUUAUAACAUAUUUUGGCUAGUUUGAAAAUGCUUUAAGCAAUCAAUCAAAAUCCAGUACUCUCAGCCCACCAUGUUUAAAUCAAUUUCACACAAUUCUGCAGAUUUUCCCUCGGAAAUCUGUGCAUA